AUGAAGCAAGGAACGAUUUUUUUCUUUUUACGAGUGUUGAUUAGUAUCUUCAAAAAAACGGAUUAUCAAAAAUUAUUAGUAACUUUUGAUGGUGGUGGAACUAAUUUCCGAAAAAAUUUGCUACCACAAUACAAGGCUCAACGGGAAGCGAUGCCCGAGGAGUUGUAUCAACAAAUGGAAACGGCAAAAUUACUAUUAGAAAAAACUGGUAUCACCUACUUACAAUUAGAAAAUCAGGAAGCGGAUGACUUAAUUGCUUCUUUUGUCAAUCAAAAAACGAAAGAUAAUCCUGGUUUAACGUUUGACAUUUUUACUCGUGAUAAGGAUUUACUUCAACUACUUAGUCAAAAUGUUAAUAUUUUAAAAUACAUUAACGGAAAGGCAACUCUCUAUACUUAUGAUAACUUUUGCCAAGAAUAUAAAUUUACUCCCAAUAGUUACAUUGAUUAUUUAAGUUUGUUGGGAGACAAUGUCGACAAUAUUGAGGGAAUAAAAGGAAUUGGACCAGUCAAUGCCAAAAAGCUAAUUCGGCAAUUUCAGACUGUAGAAAAUAUUUAUCAAAAAGUAAAUGACUUGCCCGAAAUUACUAGGCAUCUAUUAAUAGAUCAAGCAAAAUUAGUUCUCAGCAAUAAAAAACUUAUUAGUUUAGUUAUAAAUAUUUCUUUACCAGACAUAUAUGAAAAAUGUAAAUUUAGUUGGGAAAAAUGGAAAAAUAACCCAGAAUUAAGACAAUUUUGCCAGGAAAAUAAAUUCCACAGUAUUUUGAAACUGUUAGACUAA